AUGACCAUGCAGGCACAUGGCUAUCUCUUCCCUUCCAAUUCACUCGUUUCGCACACCCCUAGCUCUGUGUUUGGAUCUGUUCUGGACGAUGAUUCUCUGGAAGGACACUCCAUUCAGCCCAUCGACAAUUGCGCCGUGUGCUCCCACUUUGAGUCUGCAACUGUCUUCGGCCCGCAGAGCAAGAAGCCCAAACCGGGUCAGGUGCACAGAAUCUUCGAGUCCCUGUUCCUUCCUGUGGCACGCCUUCUUGCUAGCAAAGGGCAAGGCGGUCCUUUUAGGGGCCAACUCAAUGCCUCCGUCGAGCGUUUUAUUCGAGAUCGGAGUUGCAGGAUACGGCCCACUGUCGUUACUCAAAGCUUCGAAGAUGGCUCCUUCGACGUAUACUUGAUCGGCACGGUUGACGGAGACAAGGGUCCGGACUAUCCGAUGGCUAUGGAUAACUUUACUACUCCGAUUGAUCCUUUACCGGACACGAACGGGCGUAUAGACCCUGAACAUGUGCAUGGGGCGCCGCGUUGGAUAUCUAAGUCUCCGGCAUAUGUCGUGACCGCUAAAUAUCACACAGAAUGCGGCGUUGGUAGUGGUAUGGGGCAAGUACGCCUGGAGAGGUGGAAAGAACCGGGGCCGGGGGGCGAAGCGGUUGUGUUUCGCUUUCAUCCUCGUCAAUUGGACCGGAUCUCGCGGAUCCACCAAUUACAGUGGAAUAGAUGGAUGGACAUGGAAACUGGUUUGAAGAACAGGUACAUUGUAGAUUUCCAGCAACGCUUGGACAACAAAUCCGACGCGAGCACAGACCGUAGAGACCAAGAACGCGACUCCCAAAAGAAACCAAAAGCUCCGCAUCCUGAUCUCGAACCAGGUUUGCAAAAGCUCGACAACGGGGAGAUCGCCGAACUUACGCUCUCGCUGAACUCGUUGAGCUACGGCCGGUCGGAUGCGCGACCGCCACGUAGCACACGCUCGAAGGUGUACAGUGACCGAUUCAGCCUUCCUACAGUUCCCGAGGGACGCCAAUUGCCACGGGAGUCGUAUCUGAACGCAGCCGAUCAUCGCGUCAGCUACGCUAGCACGUCGGGCAGCGACUUCACGGAUCCGGACGCUCCCAUUACUCCAGAGCAAGCGCAAGCGAGCCUCUCCAACCCUCGCGUCGCCGGUCAAGACAUGAGCCCCAUCCUACCCGGCAUCUUAAGUCUCCCAUCAUCCUCCAGCGAAGUCCCGCCCUCCCCUUCGAACCGGCGCACAUCGUUCGAAAUCAUCCCCACGCUCACCGACGACGUCUCCGCCAAAGGUUCCAAGAGAUCCAGGAGGAAGCUUCAGAAGCGUGCCUCUGUUGGGACUGACCGCACGGCGAAGGCGGCGGCGCAGGCUACGAGCGUUGCCGAGUCCGCGGCUGCAGGCGCCCCGGAGGCGUCUGAGCGGCGCGGCGGUGCUGGCGGGAUGUUGCGUCGCAUGGCGAGCUUCAGCGGUCUGAGCCGCAAGAAGGCAUGA